UGGUCUUACUGAUGUUUAGUGCGAGGUUUUACAGAAAGAGUUUCAUUUCUGCUUCAUUUUGAUUUAAUGAUAUUGGAUUAUUUUUUUUAUUUUUAUUUUUAGUCUAUCAUCUUCCAGAGAGGGAGCCCUGAACAUUUUCUUUUUGUAUACAUCCACACUUUCCUACAGAACCUUGGCUACUCGGAGGACUACCUAAACCUGUGUGAUGCAAUCUAACUAAACAGAAUCAACAUCAACAUGAUGAUCCCAUGGGGAGUCAUAUUAGUGUGUUUGUCAUUAUCAUGGAGGCUAGAAACAGCAUCAUCCCAGACUCAUGAAGUGGUGUGUCCCGGUACACAGAACGGACUGAGCUCCACAGGUUCUCAGGAGAUUCAGUACAAUAUGAUUAAGGACCGAUAUGAUGGCUGUGAGAUCAUCAUGGGAAACCUGGAGAUCACACAGAUUGAGAAUAACUGGGACUUUUCCUACCUUAAGACAAUCCGAGAGGUGACUGGCUACGUCCUUAUUGCCAUGAACCAUUUUCAAGAGAUUCCUCUAGGCCAACUAAGGGUCAUCAGAGGAAACAGCCUUUACGAGAGACAAUUUGCCCUCUCUGUGUUCUUAAACUAUCCCAAGGAUGGCUCCAACGGCCUGCGGCAGCUAGGACUCGCAAAUUUGACAGAGAUUCUGGAGGGAGGAGUGAAGAUUAUCAACAACAAAUACCUGAGUUAUGGCCCCUGGAUCUUCUGGCAAGAUAUCAUUAGGGACAACAGUGCUCCUAUUGACAUCCAGUACAAUGGAGAGAGAGGCCACUGCCACAAAUCUUGUGGAGAUUACUGCUGGGGGCCAAAUAAGGACCAGUGUCAGAUCUUGACUAAGACGGUGUGCGCUCCGCAGUGUAAUGGCCGUUGUUUUGGGACGAGCCCAAGGGAUUGCUGUCACAUAGAGUGUGCAGCGGGAUGUAAAGGCCCUCUGGACAUGGACUGUUUUGCAUGUCGUCAUUUCAACGACUCUGGAGCCUGUGUGCCCCAGUGUCCCCAGACUCUGAUCUAUAACAAGCAGACGUUUCAAAUGGAGACCAACCCGAAUGCCAAGUAUCAGUAUGGGUCCAUCUGUGUCUCCCAGUGUCCCACACAUUUUGUGGUCGACGACAGCUCCUGUGUGAGCGUUUGUCCUCCAGGCAAGAUGGAGGUGGAGCGAGAAGGCCAGAAGCAGUGUGAGCUCUGCAGUGGACUCUGUCCAAAAGUGUGUGAAGGCACCGGCGCUGAACACAGGCAGACGGUGGACUCCAGCAACAUCGACAGCUUCAUCAACUGCACCAAGAUCCAGGGCAGCCUUCACUUCCUGGUCACAGGGAAUUCUUGGGUAAUUUUUCUUCGCCCUACCUGAAGGAUUUUAAAGGAUGACUUUAAAAAAAUACCGCCGCUGGAUGCCAAAAAGUUAGAAGUGUUUCGCACCGUCAGAGAAAUAACAGAUAUCCUAAACAUCCAGUCUUGGCCCAAAGAACUGAAUGACCUGUCCGUUUUCUCAAGUCUCACAACCAUUCAAGGGAGGUCGCUCGACAAGCGUUUUUCUCUGAUGGUGAUGCACCUCCACACUCUUACCUCACUGGGUCUGCGCUCUCUCCGUGAGAUCAGUGACGGCAGUGUUUACAUCAGUCAGAAUAAGAACCUCUGUUUCCACCACACUGUGAACUGGACAAAGCUGUCCAGAGGCCGCAGAGUUCGAGUCAACAACCUCAACAACAACCGGCCGCUGGCAGAGUGUGUUGCAGAGGGCCAUGUGUGUGACCCUCUGUGUUCAGACUCAGGAUGCUGGGGCCCGGGACCCGACCAGUGUCUCUCCUGUAGGAACUUCAGUCGAAGCUGCACAUGUGUGGGCAGCUGUAACUUUAACACUGGAGGUCCAAGGGAAUUUGCCGGAUCUGAUGGCGAGUGUGUCACCUGUCAUCCUGAGUGUAAGCCUCAGAAUGGGAAAUCCAGCUGUACUGGACCGGGUGCAGACAUGUGUGUGGCGUGUGCCAACCUUCGAGACGGUCCGUACUGCAUGUCUUCUUGUCCCACUGGAGUGAACGAUGGACAGAAAGGACUGAUCUUCAAAUACCCAAACAGGGAGGGUCACUGUGAACCAUGUCACCACAACUGCACACAGGGAUGCUCAGGCCCAGGACUGAAUGACUGUUUAGAGGCAGCCAGGCUGGCAGUUAGCAGUGGUCAGAUCACAGGCAUAGCUUUAGGCGUCCCGGCUGGUUUGAUUUUCUGCCUGGUGUUGUUUUUCCUGGGCGUGCUGUACCACCGAGGCCUGGCCAUCCGGCGCAAGAGAGCCAUGAGGAGAUACCUGGAGAGCGGAGAGAGCUUUGAGCCUCUGGGUCCUGGAGAGAAAGGUACCAAGGUUCAUGCUCGCAUCCUGAGGCCCUCAGAGCUGAAGAAAAUCAAAGCCCUUGGCUCAGGAGUUUUUGGCACUGUGCACAAGGGUUUUUGGACUCCUGGGGGAGAGACAGUGAAGAUUCCUGUGGCAAUCAAAAUCCUCCAGGACAGCUCAGGCCGACAAACAUUUAAUGAGAUCACUGAUCAUAUGCUGUCCAUGGGCAGCCUGGACCAUCCCUACAUCGUAAGGCUGCUGGGCAUCUGUCCCGGUCCCUGUCUGCAGCUGGUGACGCAGCUUAGUUCCCAGGGCUCUUUACUGGAGCACAUCAGGCAGCACAAGAGCAGCCUGGACCCCCAGCGCCUGCUCAACUGGUGUGUGCAGAUAGCUAAGGGUAUGUACUAUCUGGAGGAGCACUGCAUGGUCCACAGGAACCUGGCUGCCCGAAACAUCCUGCUGAAGAACGACUACCAGGUCCAGAUCUCGGACUACAGCGUAGCAGACCUGCUUUAUCCCGACGACAAGAAAUAUGUCUUCACUGACACCAAGACACCCAUAAAAUGGAUGGCACUGGAAAGCAUUUUGUUUCGAAGAUACACUCAUCAAAGUGAUGUUUGGAGUUAUGGGGUGACAGUGUGGGAGAUGAUGUCAUUUGGGGCGGAGCCUUACACAUCCGUGCCGCCUCAGGAGGUGCCGAGUCUGCUGGAGAAGGGCGAACGACUGUCCCAGCCAACCAUCUGUACCAUAGACGUCUACAUGGUCAUGGUUAAAUGCUGGAUGAUUGAUGAAAACAUUAGGCCGACUUUCAAAGAGCUGGCCAGUGACUUCACUCGCAUGGCCAGAGACCCACCCAGAUACCUGGUCAUAAAGUUGGAAGGGGAAGAGGCUGCCUCGGUAGAGAUCCAUCGAAGGGAAUCCGAGCGAGGCCUUCUAGAUGCAGAUUUGGAGGACCAAGACGAGGAGGGGCUGGAGGACGGUUUGACAACUCCUCCUCUGCAACACUCUCCAUCCUGGAGUUUGUCCCGUUCACGGAUUAAUUCUUACAGGAGCGGUACCUCUCAGGCCGGACCUGUCGGAUACCUGCCGAUGACGCCCAGCCCUGUGGACAGCAUCCGUCAGUUGUGGCUUCAGAGGUCUCGACUAAGCUCGGUGCGGACGCUGCCGGAGAGGUCAGAGUUCAGGGGGAGUGGCAGAGAGACAGUGCCGCGAGAGGAAGGUUCACAGAGCGGGAAACUUCACAGGGCCAGGUUCGGCUCCGAGAGGGGAACUCCUCGUAUGUCAAUCAGCCGGAACAGGAAACUCUCAACAGCAUCAAGUCCUUCCUCUUAUAAGGUGUGGACGGCAGAGGAAGAGGAGGAGGUGGACAGCUUUGGCUAUGUCCUGGCUGCAUCACCUGUUACCCCUGAAAGAGUCGGAGCGUGUCAUUCUGGGAGAAGAAACUCAAGACUCAAGAAUGAUCUGUCUCUUGUGGUGGUAAAUCCCUCCCUGGAGUAUGAAAUAAUGAGCAAAGAGUCAAGUGCUCAUUCCUGCUCAAACAGCAGUGUCUUUUUACCAGCAGAAACCCCUUCUGUUGCUGUUUGUCAAAAAAACUCACCUUUACACUCACCGACCUUCAUGAAUCCAUUACCUGUAGAGAACGCAACAAAUGUUGAAACUCUGACACAAGUCUCAGCUGUGACAAGUAAGAGAGUAGAUGAGGAUUGUGAAGCAGGAAUUGCAGAGGAAGGAGACUCCAUGGAGAAAAAUCAGCUUGCGGUUUCCUCUGAUAAUGGCAUCAGAGCUGCGGAGGACCACGCAGAGGCAGCCCAAGGAGUAGGCAGGUAUGAAUACAUGGACAUUAGGCGAUCUGAUUCUACGGAGGCACAGAAUCAAUCAUGCGAGAGACGUGGGAGUCAAACAUCUGCAAAGAGUGCAGCAGAGUCAUCCGACCAAACAGUGGAGGUGUUGAAAAAGGAGCUUGAAGAGGAAGAGGAAGAGGAAGAGGAGGAUUAUAACGUAAAUAAACAACCUGCACUUCAGGGAAAUACGAGCGGUACAUUCAUGCCCAGGACAGAUGUGCUCACAGCUGGGGGAGAAAUGGUGGAGGAGUAUGAGGAGAUGACCACAUUUGGAGCGGUGCCCAGUGGGUGGGAGCAGGCAGACUACCAGAACCUCCCAGUGAAGGGGAGAAAUGUAUCUGAAGAGAUGGGCAGUGGCAGGUGUGCAGGGAUCGGGGGAUACAUCAAGGUGUGUGCUGGCAUGGGGGAACCUGGCAGUAACUCUUCAUUUGACAACCCGGACUACUGGCACAGCAGACUGUUCAUCAAGCCAGAUGCUGUACGUACCUAAUAAUGUGGACUGGGACACAUAGUACGAGUUGAUGUUACUUCCUGCAAUAAAUCUGGGUUAUUUCGAUUUUCAGAAAAAAGCAUGACAUCCAGCAAACUUUAAAAGAUUCAAGUGAUAAAAGAAAUACACCUGUCCAACAUUUCACAGUUUUAUGCGAUAUAUAAAUGUUUAUGAAACCAACUGUGAGGCAGUAAAUAUAACCACAAAAUAAAGGGAAACAUGUGGUGUUUACUUCCAAGUGUCUGUUGAGACUUAUAAAGUUGACCUGACUGCUGUACCUGUGUGUAUGUUUGCUCAAUUGAUGUGUUUAUUUGAUUGUCUUUUACCAUACAGUGCCCAGCCCAUGGGCUUGCAAGUCACUGGACAGCAAAUGUAUGUCAAAUAUGCCAUGAUGAGUGACCAAUCAUAUCAAACUUUUUCACAAAUUAGAACAUUUUAAAAGAUUCAAUUUCCUUAACAAAAUGGUGUUAUAGGCUACAUGAGUUCUUUGGUGCCAUGCAUUAUCUAUAAGUAUGUUGUGACACUGUUAAAAGACUUGCGAAAUGUUUAGUAGGCUAGUUUGAUGAUGACCGAUUUCUGAAGAGCAUUCUUUUGUACUGUAUUUGUUAUUGCCAAUAUGCUUUAUCAUAAAAAUAA